AUGGAAUCGUUAGCAGCAAACUGCUCGAAAAGUAUAUCAGAUCUUCUGCAAGUACAAGAAAGAUGCCUCGAUAGAUUGGCUGUCUACGCACUGUUUCCUGGGAAAGAGGAGAGGCAGCUGUGUUCCACUCUCUUAGCCGCGUAUACAGAGGACCAGCAAGAAGCUGAACUGUCGGGUGUCAGUCACUUCGUAGUGCGAGUCAUCCAAACUUUAACAGAAAAAGGUAACGCCUUCAACUCUUCCCCAGCAUCGGCCCACCUAUUCUGGAAGGGAAACACAUCACCACUAAUAAUGCUGAUGACCUGGGAUGCACAGCUUCAUGUAGCGGCCGUCGAGAGGCUUCUGGAAAAGCAUCCAAUUAGUAACGAAGGCAGCGGAAACAGCCAUCCAGGUUCCAUCUGUUUCUCAGGACUGUAUCAUCAGGUGGUUCUCGCUCGUACAAAUACUGGCAGUCCAGUCAUUCCAGACAUACUUCAACUGGCCCAUACAUUCGCAGUUGCUUGCCUGCUACUGUUGACCGGACGUGCUUCCGCCUUCACUGCUACUCCGCUUUUUCCAUUUGUGAUGGAGCUUCUUGAUGACGACAUUUGGGAAGAGGACACUUUCGAGGAGGCCCGCACAACCCCCGUAACAAUCGACGGCAGUAGUGCUUCUGAAGUAUCGACUUCCCAUUACUGGGUCCAAUACAUUCAGCGCUUUCUCAUCAAAUGGUGGAUUGGAGGUUCAGGAGAGGCGCAAAUAUCGCGGACUCAAAAGCAUUGUAUCAGGCAAACCUUUGCAGAAAACGAAAUUUCCAUGUUUCAGGUUGUGGCAUACCUCUCAGCUUUUGUGAGGCCCUUGAGGAGUUUCCUACAGCAAAGCCUCGUAUUGCUACUAUGUUUGAAUGGAAACUUGAACACAGCGAUCAGAGUAAUCAGGAGGUUCGGAAACACUGUACUACCGCCACAAGGAGUACAGAAGUUCGUAGAAAUAUCGCAUUACUUAUCCUCCAUGUAUCCUUCUCCUAUAAGGUCGCCUCCGAACUACGGAAGGGAUGGCGAUUUCGGCAUAUCUGUGGGCAGUAUGGGAUUAUCCGUUGCUACCGGGCUCUCAGCGUGCAAGAGUUGCAGUCCAAGCUGCGAAAUGUUCCUUGGCGUUUUACCUCGCCAACACCCCCCGUCAGCACAGCGGUAUCUUGCUGAACGCAUCGUCACUCCCAGUCUCCCAAAAGAGUAUAUCAGGGAUCUGGGUGGGUUUCUGCUAAGGGCAUCGACGGCAAUGCGACAACAGCUGUCUAUGGAGUUGUAA